AUGAGUAGAAGAUGCCCUCCUGAUUGUGAAUUUGGCCAAUAUUUUCCAGCCAAUAGGAAUGAAGAUUUUCAGAAAGCCAUUAAGCUUUUUGGAUUAAGUCACAUAUUGAGAAUUAUGAGAUCAGUUGAGCCAAAUGAAAGACAAGCUGCUGCUGAUUCAAUUCUCUUUGAAGGCAGUGUUUGGAGAUUUUAUCCACAAAGUGGACUGCUUAGAUAUGAGUUGGAGUUGGUUAACACAAUAUCUUCAUCUUUGAGAGAAUUACAAAUUGCCAAUCAACUUUUGGCAUUUUUUAAGAAUCAUGCAAAUGAAAGGCCUGCCGGAGACAUGAGUGGUAUUUCAACUAUUCGUGAAAAAGGAGAAUCAAGUAAUGCAUCCAAGGGAAAGGAAGGUGUUGAAGAUGGUGAAAAGGGAAAAGGAAUUAUUAUUGAACAAGAUGAAUCAGAAGACAGUGAUGAGGAGGAAGGCCCAAAGAAAAAAUGCAGAAUUUGA